AUGAAAGCAGUUAAGAGACUAGGCUAUACUGCUGAUGAAUUAGUUUUUCUUAUUGAUAGAGAAUUCAGAGAGCGUGAAAUGAGACUGAUGGGCAAGCAUUCCCUUGAUAAUGUAGAGGAGGAGAUAAUUUAGAUGAGAUAUAAAUUCGCUGAGUCUCAGCGCAAGGAAAAACUCAAGCGCGAGAGUGCCAGAAGUAACUGUCGUGAUGGAGAUAAAGCUGUAGUCAGUUUUAGUGUCCGCGAUAUUUUCAAUGAAAAAGAAAAGAAAAAAUAGAAAGACAUUAGAGUUGACCCUGAAAUGGUUUUAUUGGAGAAAAGCAAAAUGGAAAUAUAAAAUUAGCAGGUUAAUUAGAAUAGUGAAAUAGAAAACUAUUUGAAGUAUGUAGCUGAAAGAAUAGAUGAUAAGGUAAGAAGACAAGAAAUGGAAGAGGAAUAUAGAUAGCAAAUAUAGCAAGAAAGAAUGAGUAAACAAUAAAGUUCUUUGAAAAAGUAUGACUAUCUUAAUAAACAAGAAUUCUAUAAGUAGCAAAAUAGAUAACUUAAACAUGACCUCUAGUCUAGACAUGAAAAGUCAAAGAGACAAUAGCAAGAGUAGCAAAAUGAGGAGGAGUACCUAUCCAUCAUUAAAGCAAAAGAACGUAAAAAAUAGUUAUUAGAAGCAAAUGUACGGCAAAAACAUAAAGAUUUCAAGGACAAAAUUAAGUUAAUACUCAAGGAGCAGGAAUAAAAAAUAGAAUAAAAGAGGAUACAGUUAGAGUAAUUGCAAGCUGAAAAGGCUUAACUUGUUAUAGAUAAGUAAAAUACUCUCACCUAGGAAAUAGAUCAGAAAAAGGAGAUCAACAAGGAAAAGCUUUUGCAGGCUAAACAAAUAAGACAUGAUGAAAUCAUGAAACUAACUUAACUUUACUUAGACAAGAUUAAAGAAAUAGAUCAAAGAGGAGUCGAACUUGAUAAAGAACGAGAGGACUUUAAAGGAAAAAGAUUAGAGUAUGUCAAGUACAAAAACGCUAUUAGAGACUCAAUUCUUGCUCACGUUAAGUAACAAGAAUAAGAUUAAAAAGAUAAAAUUAUGAAGAUAAUUGAGGAAUAAGAGGUUAAGCUAAGAGAUUAGCAUAGCAUCAGGCUUUAGGAAAUGCAAAAAAGAAAGGAAUUCGAAUCACAACGGAAUUAUUAUAGAUAGACUAUAUAGCAAAAGAAUUAAGAACUAGAGAAAAGCAAAAAAUAGGAAUUGAAGCUCAGAAUUGACAACCAGGAUAGUAAGGUUGAUGAUUUCAGAAUGAAAUUCAAAUCUGAUCAGAGAUUAAGGAUUGAGUAUGAAAAGCUAAAAAGAAAGGAAAAGGAGGAUUCUGUAAAGAGGAAGGAAAAGAUAGCCGAGUAUGAAAGAGAGAAAAGAGUAAAGGAAAUCGAAGAAGAAAAGGAACUCAGGGAGAGAAUGAGGAAGGAAAAGGAAGAAAUUGAAAACUACAAAAGAUAAAUGCGGGAGAAUGCCAAGUUCAAGAAAGAACUGAUCAAGAGAUCUUUUGAAACACUCUAAAUGAAAAGCAAGAGUCCAAUUUUCAGUUCUUCAAAGAUGCAAGGAGGGAGUUCUGAGAACUUAAACUCUCAUAGAAGCAAUACAGGCAGUGUCAGACUUCCUGACGUACUUCAGAGUCCAAAGCAGUUUUCAUAGCAUAUCAAAAGCUUGUUCAUUGAUGAUGCAAAUUUUAGAAUUCAGAAAAGUAACUCGCCUUCUACAUUAAGCAAGUCAAUAAAUACGGCUAUAGGUACAAAUUAGAUUGGACCUAUGCCUGGUACUGCAUCUAGUGGUAGCUUGCUAAGAAGUAUUGGCUCUACGAUUCAACUAAGACUUCCUAAAAGCAUUUAGAAAAUAGCUUCUCUUGAGGCUAAGUACUUUAGCUAGUUCCCUUAAAAUCAGAGUAAAGGCUUGGUUGACAGUUAUCUCUAAUAGUAAGGAGAAAGUGGAUCAUAAGGGAGUUUGCACUAGCAUUACUAUCAAAAGAGCAAUCACAAUAUAAAUAGCAAUCUUAACAACAAUCAUCAUCGCCACAAGCUUUAACUAAGCACAGGGAAUUAAAGCUAAUUAACUCGAAACAACUAUUAGAAUCAAUAGAAGUCUAGAGGUGUAAAUAGGUAUCAAGAGUCAUUGGGACGGUAAGAGUAGUAGCUGCUUCAAUCGCUGAUAUGA